CUGAGUGUAGCUUAAUGCAACACACAGAUGACAAGACCCAAGUCGAUGAACAUUCUGAAUAAGUGUGACCAAAAGCUUUAUUUCCAAAGGCAGAAGGAUUAAACUGUUUGAUGAGCAGAUUUAAGGGUGCAGGCAUAGGCUACAAAAAGGAACACUUCUGGCCAAGUAUCAUAAUCUUUAAACCCGUCUCUGUAUCCUUUCUCUCCCAUGAUUGCUGUUUGAUAUUUUUGCUUUAGACAUCGUCUUCCACACUCCCCCCCUUCCCUCAAAGUGGACUGUAAUAGGUUUAGUAAAUGUUACAUCUUAGUGCACUUCCAGACAGUGUAUUACCACGGCACUAAAAUACUCCCUCUCUUAAACUAAGUUGCCUGAUUUAAUUCCUCCGGCAUGUUAGAUAAUGCCUGCCUCGGUGAAUGCUUUGUGUUUGUGGAUAUCAUGACUUUCCGUUUGCUUCCUUCUCUUCAGACCUUUCAUACGCCAAGUUUGGGUGAUGAGGAGUUUGAGAUUCCUCCAAUUACACCUCCGCCAGAGAUGGAGUCUGGUCUGGGUCUAUCGGAAGUGGACUCACCUUUCCCAGCAAUGCCAGAACCCCCAGGUCCACACAGGGGUCCGUUAAUCCCUCAGUUCCCCCCUCAGAGCCUGGAUCUGCCAUCCAUUACCAUCUCACGCAACAUGAUGGAUCAGGAAGGGAUGACUGUCAACAAUGGGCAACCUGUGAACGUGGGGUCGGGCCACCUUCGCCAGUACCCGCCCAACCCAGCCAUGGUGAUGAAGUCCAUCAUCAGCAUGAACAGCACCAAUGGGAUGAUAGCACGCAAUCAGCUGACCACUAUCAACCAAUCCCAGCUCAACACACAGAACCUAAACAUGGCAGGACCCAACAUCACCCAUACCUCCCCGUCUCCACCGGCCAGCAAGUCUGCCACACCAUCACCCUCCAGCUCCAUUAAUGAAGAUGACCAGGAUGACGGCAACAGGGUCAUUGGUGAGAAGCGACCAGCUCCCAUAGAUCCCACAAAGAAACCCAAGACUCCUAAGAAGAAGAAGAAGAAGGAUCCCAAUGAGCCUCAGAAGCCAGUGUCCGCUUAUGCCCUGUUCUUCAGAGACACCCAGGCCGCCAUCAAGGGUCAAAAUCCCAACGCCACCUUUGGGGAGGUGUCCAAGAUUGUGGCCUCCAUGUGGGAUGGUCUUGGAGAGGAGCAGAAGCAGGUUUACAAAAGCAAAACAGAAGCUGCCAAGAAAGAAUAUUUAAAAGCCCUCGCCGCAUACCGCGCUAGUCUGGUUUCCAAGGCUGCAGCAGAAUCCGCUGAGGCCCAGACUAUCCGCUCAGUGCAGCAGACCUUGGCCUCCACCAGCCUGUCCCCGGGCCUGGUGCUGUCUUCACCUCUCAACCAGCACCCUUCCAUGUCGCCAGCAUCCCAGGCCCUUCAACGGGCCAUUGCCCCAAAGCCUCUGCAGAUGAGACUAGGAGGCAAUCAGAUUGUGACCUCUGUCACAGUUUCCCACCAGAACAUGUCUGGUGGGAUCCCACCACAGUUGCUUGGCCAGAUGGGUAGUGGAGGUGGGGGCAUGGUGGCAGGUGCCCAGUCCACGGCAGUGUCUCAGAUGAGUCCGCCCAUGCAACCGGUGCAGCAGCAGCAUUCGAUGCAGCAGCUCCAGCAACAGCAGAUGCAGCAGCACCUCCAGCACCAUCAGAUGCAGCAGCAGCAGAUGCAUCACCAGCAGAUCCAGCAACAGAUGCAGCAUCAGCAUUUCCAACACCACCUCCAGCAACAGCUGCAGCAGCAUCACAUGCAGCAGCAGCAGCAGCAACAACAACAACAACAACAACAGCAACAGCAGCAGCAGCAGCAACAACAGCAACAGCAGCAGCAGCAGCAGCAACAACAACAGCAAAUGCAGCUGCAGCAAAUGCAGAUGCACCAUCAGCUGCAUCAGCAGCAGAUUCAACAUCUCCAGCAGCAGCAGCAGCAGCAGCAGCAGCAUCAGUCCCAGUGUUCCCCACCCCAGCACUCUCCUGGUACACCCCAUUCAGUGGCAGGCUCUGUGUCACUGGGCAGCCCCCAGCCUCCCCCACAGCAGCAGCCGCACCCCUCCCAAAUCCAGGCCCAUGCUCAGGUCCUGUCCCAGGUCAGCAUUUACUGAGCCAAAUGGAAAUCCUAUCUCAAAGAACAGGAAUAAAAUAAAAGCAUCAUUCCAUGUUGCUUUUCUAAGUUGCACUUAAGAAGUGUGUAAGAUUUAGAAUGUUAAACAAAGAACUUGUCCAUUGUUAUAGACGGAUAUGCACAUGCAUGUACAGGAGUUAAACAUGUUAGCUGGGGUUUUGUCUAUAAAAUAGGCUGAACUACGACGGUUGCGGCGACCGCCCAGCGAUUGUUUAUUUGUUUUGUGAGGUCUUUUUCAGUUGUCGAUUUGAACUUACUGGGGGCACACGGUGUGUUGGAACAUGUGUGUCUUUUGCUGUUUUAUUUAACAAUAAAUCUUAUUUAUGAGGCCAGAGUUGUCAAUUCACUGCAGCAAAACGAAAUUCUUUUCCUGGGUUUUAGUAGGAUUUGUAUCCGUUGUUUCCUGGACGUAAUGACUCACAGGAUCCUUGCUGGAAACAAGUAACCCACACAUCAGUCUUUGUUCUGACACUGGGCAAAAUCUAACGACACCUUUGUUUACUUCAACCGUUCUCCUUCACCGGGCGUCUCGCAGCUGUUAACCGUUCAGAUGGCAUGGAGGACUCCGUCAAAUCGAGUCGUCGCACGUCGGAGCGCCUGGCGAUAUUUCAACGCGUUCAAACCGCAUCGCAAACAUUGUCGUAAAGAAUAAGGGGAACUGAAAAUAUGGCUGAACAGACUCAGACAAAGACUGCCAUAAAUCAUUUAUGUAAUCACAUCAUCAAACUGUAGCUGUAAUCUGCUGUACAUGUUUUGUAGAGUGGGGAGAGCUGAGACCUCCUUUAUCCAGUAAUCUACCCUCCAGGUGAUUUUGCCCCGAAAGCAUUUAAACCGACACAACCCCCACAUCCACCCCCCCCCCUCGUGAAGAAGUCGUCUUUAAUCUAUUUGUUUUUACUUCAGAUGUUUAACAAUUAAAUUAUGUUUUUAUUUUGUGAAGCAAAAGGGGAUAUUUUAUGGGAAAUGCUCAUUUCUGGAUCAAGGAAGAUGGUUUGGGGAUUGAUGUAUUUUUAUUCUGCUUAUUGAUACCGUCUUUGUUUAAAAGAAGGGGGGGGGGGGGAAAGAAG